AUGCCGUGCCAGGUGACAAGUGUAGACGACUGCGUUCUGAUACAUCAAAACAUGAUGCUAUUGGAGAAUGUGACCAAUUUGGAACGUCCCGCUAUCGACUACUACCAUUGCAAUCUAUCGUGGGACGAUUCGUUGGCAAUGCCACAAACCUGGAACUUACUGCUGCAUCUGGGCAAAUACAAGCUUCUGCGACUGCCUUCGUGCUCUGCUGAAGACGAUACUGACUACCAAAUGUACGUCAAACGGUUGCACCACUGUCUGUGGCGACGCUGGUCCAUCUCGUACUACAAUCUCGGCGCCAACAAACUCGACCCGGGUGCCGUCAACUGGAACAAAGAACAGGAUUUUUCAGUGCUCUAUGGGCCGGACCUCACUAUCGACGGAGAAGCGUCCGUGAAACAACCUCAACUGGAUUCCCUUGUGGGCCACCAGUUCGCCAUGCAGCAGCCACCAAAUUUGCCUCUCCCGGUCAUACUCAAAAAUGCUGCUACUGACAAUGAAACAGAUGAUUCAACAGGCUGUUUCUCUUCGUCCCUCGACUCCCGUGACUCGUCCAUAUUCGACCACAUCCCAUCAAAAUCCUGUCUGAAACACAGCGACUCGUCCCAUCGUGGCCGCAGGCGGCCACUCAAAUUCAACGAUCAAGUGCUGCGUCGAGAUAUAGACCCCUUCGGCUCCCUUUAUGAGCGGAAAAUCCUUUUAAAUGACUCGCAUGUACCCUUUCCCGACAACGAGUCCGAACUGGAAUCGGAACCCGAGCACAUCCAGUACUCUACCGAAAUGUGGGAUUCAGAUAGUGAUUUGGAUUUAGAUUUUGCAUGA